CUACUGCAACCUGCACAAGACUGUGCCCUGCUGCUCUUCCUCCCUUUGGGAUGUAGAAAGGGAAAAUGCCUCCUCUUCCUCAAUUUGAACCCCAUGCCACCUGGACAGUCUUGGCUCCUCUCUAAAUCCUGAGACUGAAGUUAUCUCUGUUCUACAUUUGCUUCUCCUGUGCUGAGUUAGUGAAUAAAGGAAGGAGCAGGAGCAAGAAGCCGACAGCAGCAAAGCUGUGAGCAGGAGGAAGGCUCUCCCUGUCCUGCGGGAAUUGCUGUGGCUGCUCUGUAUCUUUAAGGGGCUGACCCUAUCCCACGCUGAGCCGUUAUAAAGGCAGGUAAGCAGCAGAGCCCUGUCGGAGCUGAGAGCAAGGCAGGGUGCAGCUCUCCUCUCAUGACUGGCUACCACAGUUGGGGAUAUGGGCAGGAUGACGGACCUUCAGAGUGGCACAAAACCUAUCCUAUUGCCCAAGGGAACCGCCAGUCACCCAUUGAUAUAGUUUCUGCAAGAGCAGUGUACGACCCUAGUCUGAAGCCACUUGUCAUCUCCUAUGAAUCGUGUACAUCACUCAGCAUCUCCAACAAUGGCCAUUCAGUUAUGGUUGAGUUUGAAGAUACUGAUGACAAGACAGCCAUCAGUGGUGGUCCCUUUGAGAAUCCCUUUCGGCUGAAGCAGUUCCACUUUCACUGGGGGACAAAGCACAGCCAGGGUUCGGAGCACACAGUGGAUGGCAAACCCUUUCCUUGUGAGCUCCACUUAGUUCACUGGAAUGCCAGGAAAUAUGCAACAUUUGGAGAAGCAGCAGCAGCUCCAGAUGGCUUGGCAGUAGUUGGUGUUUUCUUGGAGAUUGGGAAAGAACAUGCCAAUAUGAACAGACUGACUGAUGCUUUGUACAUGGUAAAAUUCAAAGGGACAAAAGCACAAUUUAGAAGCUUCAACCCCAAAUGUCUCCUGCCUUUGAAUCUAGAUUAUUGGACAUACCUUGGCUCUUUGACAACGCCACCCCUUAAUGAGAGUGUGACAUGGGUAGUACUGAAAGAACCCAUCAGAAUUUCUGAGAAACAGCUGGAGAAAUUCCGCAUGCUCCUCUUCACCACUGAGGAAGACCAAAGGAUCCACAUGGUGAAUAAUUUUCGUCCUCCUCAGCCUCUUAAAGGGAGAGUGGUUCGAGCUUCCUUCAAGGCCUGAAGAAAGCUGAGAGUGGCCCUGAGCUUCCACAUCUGAGACACUCGAAAUAGAAAGUCUGGUCUUCAGAUCACUCACGGAACACACAAGAUAGCCAUUCCAUGAGUGCUCUACUUGGAGGGGGACAAUCUGCUGAUUUAUUUGAAUUGCUCAUUCUUUGGAGAAAUGUGGAUCUUUUUAACUGAACUUUUUAACAUAAGGGAGAGUUGAGUAAACCAGAGUAUUCUCCAAGACCUGAUACUCUGAAAAUUGAGAUAAAAUUAAAAUCCCACUUAAUAUAAAAUGGGAAAUUAUGUAAUGAUCUACUAGUACUGAUGGCCACAGCUUCCAAUUGUCUUAUUUAACUCAGGAUGAAACAGUAGCCAAGAAAUUUGGACAAAUUGGACUCUUCCUUGCUGACUGUUGUGGUUUAAACCAUGCCAUGUUGUUGCUCUCUUGCUCUCCCUCACCCUGUGAAGUUGAGAGAGAGAACAGGAAGGUCUGAGGUAAGGAGACUCAUAGGUUGAGAUAAAAACAAUUUAGUAAUUGAAAUAAAAUGUAAUUAUAAUUAAUAGUAAUAAUGGAAUAUACAAAUGAGUGCUGCACAAAGCAAUUGCUCAGCGCCUGACUGAGGCCUAGCCUAUUCCUGGUUAACGGUCCCAGAGGAGAAAAAGCCAGAAAUGAGAAUCCUGGAGCAGAUACCCAGCUUUCCAGCCAACCCUCAGCUGUGUACUGGCAUGAUGUUGUAUGGUAUAGAAUAUUCUACUGGGGAAUUGGGCUGUUGCUCUGGUCACGCUCCCUCCCAGCUCCUUGUGCAACUGCACUCUAGCAAGACAUAGGAAGUUGAGAAGUCCCUGAUCUGUUAGCAACAACUAAAAGCCAUCAGUGUAUUAUCACCAUUCUUCCCAUACCACAUCCCACACUGAGCCCAAAACACAGUGCUAUUCUAGCUGCUAAGAAGAAAAAAUUAGCUCAAUCCCAGCUGAAAGCAGGACACUGAUCUUUUGUUAGCAUUUGCUGAGCCUUGUUUGACGCAGAGAUUGCUUACACUGGAUCCUUGCUGUCAAUGCACAAAGUGCACAAACAGCACCAGAAAAAGUUUUUGC